AAAAACAAAGAAACAUGUCAGUAGCAGCAGUUGUUUGCUGCCGCUCCAGGGAGCGUCCCUCUGGUUAACGAGUAACGACAGAGGUCACUUCAUAAACUCUUCUCCUUCAGUCGGCAGCAUCCCGACAGGAGGAAGCAGGAGAAAAUAUCUGCAUUGUUUCCAUACAGAGGAAUGAAGAUAUUCGAGUUUCGGUGAUGACAGAGGAGACAACAGUGGGAUAGUAUAUAAGCCAGGAGACACAGCAGUGACUUCCUCUCUACUGUGAGCCAUUUCUCCCUCUCUAUGGAGCCCCAGGAUGUGUCUGUUCAGGAGGAUGCGGUGGAUCCAGGCUCCCAGCUGAUGCUCAGGGUGGAUCGUCCGGUCUAUGAUGAGGCUUUCCUCAGGACUCAGCUCCUCCAUCGCAAAGAGGAAUCCAGCACAUGCUGUCAGAAGCUCAAAGACAAGUUCAGGUGUUCGUCUGCCAGGGCCAAAGCGGUAGCUUUGAGUUUCCUUCCCAUUCUAACAUGGCUGCCAUCCUAUCCUGUGAAGCAGUACCUUUUUUCAGAUGUGAUCUCAGGUCUCAGUACAGGAGUCGUGCAGCUCCCACAAGGUCUGGCCUAUGCCCUUCUUGCUGCAGUGCCUCCAGUUUAUGGUCUAUACUCCUCGUUCUACCCCGUUCUUCUCUACACUUUCUUUGGCACGUCCAGACAUAUUUCUAUGGGCACCUUUGCUGUGGUGAGUCUGAUGAUCGGGGGCGUUGCUGUGAGGGAAGCCCCAGAGAAUUUGUUUCUUCUCCCCCACAUCAAUGGCUCCAACUCGUCUGUGGUCUAUGAUGAGGAGGCUCUCCAAGCUAGGAGAGUCCAGGUGGCCGUGGUGCUCACCACCAUGGUGGGAAUCAUCCAGUUUGUAUUCGGUCUUCUCAGGUUUGGCUUUGUGGCGAUCUACCUCACAGAGCCUCUGGUGCGAGGCUUUACCACAGCAGCUGCCGUGCACGUCGUCAUCUCCCAGCUGAAAUACCUGCUGGGAGUGAAAACCAAGCGUUUUUCUGGGCCCCUCUCUGCUUUAUAUAGCGUUACCGCAGUCUUCAGUGAAAUCGCCAACACGAAUGUCCCCACGGUUCUCCUGGGCCUCGCUUGCAUGGUGUUUCUGUACGGGAUCAAAGUCCUCAAUGAGCGCUUCAAGAAGAAGCUGCCUGUUCCAAUCCCUGGAGAGAUUAUGGUGGUUAUUGUGUCAACCGGGGUCUCUUAUGGUUUAUCCCUCGCACAAAAACACGGCGUGGGGAUCGUUGGGGAGAUACCGUCAGGGCUCCACGCUCCUGCCGUCCCGGAUUUCUCUCUGCUUCCAAACUUGAUCCCAGAUGCGUUCGCUGUAGCCAUCGUCGGCUUCUCAAUGGGCAUCUCACUAGCAAAGACCUUUGCCUUAAAGCAUGGCUAUAGUGUGGACGGCAACCAGGAGCUGAUCGCCCUCGGCGUCUGCAACUUCACAGGCUCCUUCUUCCACACCUUUGCCAUCACCUGUUCCAUGUCGAGGAGUUUAGUGCAGGAAAGCACAGGAGGAAAGACACAGAUCGCAGGCUUGCUGUCGUCUCUCGUAGUGCUGCUGGUUGUGUUGGCCGUUGGUUUUGUCUUCCAGCCGCUCCCUCAAACGGCACUUGCAGCUAUUAUCAUAGUCAACUUGAUUGGGAUGUUCAAACAGUUCCGAGAUAUUCCCUCUUUGUGGAGGACCAGCAAGAUCGAACUGGCCAUUUGGCUAGUGUCCUUCAUUGCAUCUGUGCUGUUGGGUCUGGAUUACGGCCUCCUGGCAGCCAUCGCCUUCGCCAUAAUAACUGUCAUCUACAGGACCCAGAGCCCCAAAACAUCCAUCCUGGGUCACGUCACAAACACAGGACUGUAUUACGAUGUGGACGACUACGAAGAGGCAUCUGAAUACGAGGGGAUUAAGAUUUUCCACUCCAACUCCCCCAUCUACUUUGCUAACAGCGACCUUUAUGUGAAUAAAGUAAAAGAAAAGACGGGAGUGAACCCAGAGGGGCUGCAGGCUGCACGGAAAGCUAGAAGAAAACAGAAGGAGAAGGAAAACAAGGAGCAAAACUCCCCUCUGAAGAUUUGUGCAAAGUACAAGGAUCAGACGGAGAAUGUGACACAUGAGGUCUCGCCUCAGAGCAACGAGGUGCAGGGAGUGAGAAACGGCGAGCUGGAGGACAAACAUGGCGAAUCGACUUCUGAGGAGACAGUCUUCCUCGAGCUUCUCAGCUCCGUCCAUUCCAUCAUCCUGGACUGGACCAGUGCCAGCUUUAUUGAUUCUGUAGGAGCCAAAGCCAUCAAACAGGUCAUUAGGGAAUAUGCAGCAGUGGAUGUUAGGGUGGUCAUCGCUGGCUGCAACAGAAGCGUACUGGAAGAGCUGGACGCGCUCCAGUUUUUCACAGGGGACUUUUCCACAGACAUGGUGUUCCCCACUGUCCACGAUGCAGUCCUGCACUGUCAGAACACUAGAUCCAGAGCACACGCUGCUUCGACCGAAGCCUGAACCUGGAAGAGUCCAACAGGCUGUGAACUCAUCAGUAAACAGUGGUUCAUAUUGAACGUUUAGUUUUUUUUAUAGCACAGGUAGAUGCUUUUUGUAUUCUCUAUAGCUUUGACCAUCUCAGAUCUGUGUAGUUCACUAAGCGUUAUCCCUCUGUAUCAUCUUAGUGAUCCACAGAAAAGGAGUACAAAAAGUUGCACUUUUAUCAACUUUUGUAGUUCAGGGUUACUUCAGACUUGCUGCUGUGUUUUUCCAAAGAACCAAAAAAGACGUCUGAUGGGGUUUGUCAAAGUGAGCAUCUCAUCGUCAUGCUGAUAUAUAUCAUCCAAGGUUACUGACUGCCAUUGUAUCGUUAUUACCAGGUUUAAUGUGUAUUUAAGGUGGAGAUGAUCAAAACUGAUCCCUUGUGUUUGUCUGUUACUGCAUUUCAACAUUUGUGGGAAUAUUUUAUUGUAAUGACUGUAAAAGAAAUGAGACU